AUGGGGGACUUUGAAGGAAAAUUCGCAGCUGCGAUACAUGGACCAGUCAAUUCGGAUUUACUGGCUCACGUCUCCCAACAAGCGGCUCGUGUAAUUCCUUGCCAUCCUGGGACUUCAGCUACACAACAAUCUCAGGCGUGGCCGCCACCAUUACGCACAUUUAUCAGCGUCAUUGUGAAACGUUCAGCAGUUCGAGCUGGUACAUUGUUUGCGGCGUUGGUUUUUUUGGAACGACUUCAACGACGCUUGCAAAGUGUAGCACGUGGCAUGCCUUGCACCUGUCAUCGUAUCUUUUUAGCCACUCUCAUAGUUACGUCAAAGGCUCUUCACGAUGCCUCACCAAAAAAUAAGCAUUGGGCCAAGUAUGCAAUGUGGUGUUUUAGUAUAGCAGAAAUCAACCUGAUGGAAAAGCAACUGCUUACUAUUUUGAAUUACCGGCUAUUGAUCUCAAUUGAGGACCUCCAUCAAGUUUUCAUGAUAUAUGAUAAUUGCCUGCAUAAUACACCACCGCUGGCUUCGUCAUCUUCUUCAUCGCUCGAAUCUUCGGCCAACACAGAUAUUGACGAUAUAAGCAGUAUUACAAGCCAUUCUGUGGAACAUCAACAACAAUCCCUUAUGCAAGAAGCAGCGAUCGCUAAGAAAGGCUAUGUUCAACCUGACCUAUAUCCGCGAUCUGAGGCAAUUGACUCAUUUUCUAUCAAUGAUGAAACAUUUCAACGACUCUAUCGCAAAGCCAAGUUCAAUAAUUGA